AUGGCAGCAGUGCAACCUCCGGAUGCAGUGCUUCAAGUAGAAGAAGAGAUUGAACAGUUCCCAAGCCACAGUUCCCAUAGUAACCAGGCGGAUUCAAACAUGGCGCCCGGGAGCCAAGCAGUCCUAUCUUCAACACCUUUGCAGGUUCUUCUCUACCUGAACAGCUGGUACUUUUCUGCCUUCUACUUGGCAGAGAUCCUCAUGUUCAUCUACAAAGGAAUUUUACUGCCGUACCCAGCAGAUAAUCUGGUCCUGGAUGUGGUGCUGCUGCUGCUCUUCCUCGCUCUGGAGACUCUUCGCAUUUUCUAUGGUUGGAAGGGGAACCUCUGCGAGCGCUCUCUGUCUUCCUGUGUGUCCCUCUUCAUCCUGUUUCCCUGCACAGCGCUGGCCGUUUACUACCUGCUGCUGCAGACGUUUGUGCUGCGGCUCGAGUUCAUUCUCAGCGCUGUGCUGCUCUGCUUCUAUGGCCUCGAGUUCCUGCUCUGUGUCAUCUCCAUCUCUGCUUUCUCCAGGUCCAGAGUUUACUGAUGUCGCCUGGAACACAACAGGAGGUGUCAGCAGCUUUCUUCAGACAGAAAACACUGUAACUU